UUCCGGCUGGGCUACAAAGCUGUGUUCUACACAAAUAAAAGGAACACUUUUUUUUAUAACUUUUAUUUUUAUAACUUCGGGUCGUUUGGAAGUUGUGAUUGUUUUGUUGAGAUUGUCAUUAUGCAUGUAUUGUUUACAAUGCAUCCUUUUUUUAUUUUUUUAGCAGAAAUAAUACAUGGAUAGUUUCUGUGAUGUGACAGAAACUAUCACUCAUUUUGAGUGAUAGUUAUAUCUCAACUUUUAGUUGUGAUUGUUGAGAUUGUUGAGUUGAGAUUGUUUUGUCUCGGCUUUUAGCUGAUGCGACAUACGCAAUCACACAUACCAAACGUUGUAUUCUACAAUGCAUCAAAAUCGACAAUACAUGUAUAAUAUUAUACAUGCAUUCUCAACAAUACAUCUAUUUAACAAUCGCAACUUCCAAGCGACCCCUUCAUCUUUAUUUUAUUAAAUUGUAGCAGUCAUUAUAUCAUCCUCUCCCUAAGUUGGGUUACAAGAAAAAUAGGAGGCCCUCUAUCCCAAACUUCCUCCUCCCAAUCACAUAACGCAUGGCUCAUUUGGUGGGCUGCUUUGUUUCUAUUCUGGCCCACAUGAGCCCACUCGACCCGGCCCCAAUCCCUGGCCAUUUCCAGCACUUCGCGACACACUCCUCCUUCCUCCGUCUCCUCUGGUUCGCCAUUCCUCAGCUAGGAAAUGACGAACAAACAAUCAGACUCCACCAUACACUCCUCUAAUCCCAACCUCCUUCCCACUGUCAGUCCAUACAAGACCGCCAUCGCCUCUGCUACCGCUGGUGGCCAUUGAGUUCUGGUUCACUUCACCGUCGCUCUACAGAAUCGGCCAUUCAUAUCACUAAUUACAACCUCAAACCCAGUUUCUUGGUCCUUAAAGAUAGUGUCAUCGAUAUUGAUCUUCAUGUAAGCCCGAAUCAGAUGCUUCCAUAGAAUCUGCUCAGUCGGAGUGGAUCUUUCCUCAGUUUGAUUGUUCUCCAGGUAAUCCUCUAGCCACCUCUCCGCACUGCUCAUAAUUUCAAACUCCUCCUUUUGUAAGGAAUGUUGAGUACGUAGUCGUGUUGGCCGAAGGACAUAUGUGUCUUUUCAUUGUCUUCGGCUGAAGCUUAAGCAUAACCCUAGGGGAUUAGUCGAAUAGGGUUAUAUAUAUAUGUAUCUUGUAAUCGGCUGCGUACUAUGAAUACAAGCUGAGAAAGCAUAACUUCUCCGUGGACGUAAGCUCAUUCACAUCGAAUGGGAAGAACCACGUAAAUCUGUGUCUCGUGUUCGUUUUACUUUACGUUAUAGGAUUAUUUCAUGGUAUCAGAGCUGGUGCUCGCAAUCUAGGUCUUCACGAUGAGCGGCGGCGGAACUGGCGAUGUUGUGAUCGGCGGCACCAAUGAAGCAGGAGCUACCAUUGUGAUUCCCGCUACGUUACGUAUCCAAGCAUCGGACAACCCUGGUCAGUUGUUUGUCGGCGAACUGUUGAAUGAUUCCAAUUAUGGGGAAUGGGUUACGGACAUGACCGAAGCCCUAAUCGCAAAGAAUAAACUGGGUAUCGUGGACGGUACUGUUGCUAAGCCUGAAGCGGCAGGAGAAUUGCAAACCGCGUGGUUGCAAUGUGACGCCCUUGUUAAGGGCUGGUUGAAAACAGCCAUGGAUAAAGAAGUGAGAAGCUCGAUCCGUUAUGCCAAGACGGCGAGAGAGAUGUGGCUGGACCUAGAGGCGCGAUUUGGAAAGGGAUCUGCACCUCGCGCGUACGAACUUCGGCAGCUGGUGAGUUCGCUGCGUCAAGAGAAACUUUCCGUGUCCACUUUCUUCACCAAGCUCCGCGCGAUAUGGGAGGAAAUGCAGACAAUCACUCCUGUUCCGCGUUGCACGUGUGGACAGUGUACAUGUGAUGUAAGCAAGCAGGUGAUGAAUAACUUGGAGAAUGAAAGGCUUUUUGACUUUCUCAUGGGACUAGGAGAUGUAUUUGGUACGGUGAAGACUCAGAUCCUGGCCAUGAAGCCGACGCCAACGCUUGCUGAAGCCUAUAGGCUUGUUGCUACUGAAGAGCAACAUAAACAGAUUGCAGCGAACCGAAGGCCAACAGUUGAUGCUGCAGCGUUCCAGGUCAAACAAGAGCGCGACGUCUUGGAGUCUGGGAAAAGAGACGAGAGGGGCAGGAGCUCUGAUCGGAAGGAACGUGUUCGAUGUAGCCACUGUCAAAAGACUGGUCACGUAAAAGAAAAUUGCUUCGACUUGAUUGGUUGGCCGGAGAAGAAGCCUCGGCAAGGAGACAGGGAACGCAGCACACGUCCAAACAACUCUCGUGCUGCUCAAUCCUCUGCCGGCGCUGGGGUAAGAAUUCCAGGCCUUAACUCGGAUCAGGUACAACAAUUGCUUCAGUUUCUCAAUGCCAAUGGCGGACAGCCCGCGUCUUCGGAGCCGCAAGUUAACAUGGCAGGUAAUAUUCUUUCCGCAUCUGAAUGGAUCAUCGAUUCGGGAUGCAAUGAGUACAUAACCAAUGAUGAGUCGUUGUUAGAGAACUCCAGUGAAGUACCAGGCUACUUACCGGUCAGUAUUCCGAAUGGGGACAGUGUAACUGUUAAGCGUGUUGGAGAUGUCAGUUUGUCGAAUGGAAUGAAGCUUAGUCGUGUAUUGAGUUUACCACUGUUCAAAUGCAAUCUUUUGUCCGUCAGCAGACUCACUCGGGACUUUGAUGUAGCAUUGACAUUCUUACGCGAUUUUUGCGUCAUCCAGGACUUACACUCCAAGAAGACGAUUGGGACGGGACAACUUCGUGAUGGGCUAUAUUACCUUCGACUCCUUGGAGCCGAGAAGUCCAGUGUCUUGGCAGCUGGUAGCAGUGACGGAGGAAUGGGGGAGCUUUGGCACUCCCGGUUGGGUCACCCAUCACCCAAGAAGACUCCUUUAUCUUUUCGUUCUAUUGAGAAUAAGAGCAAGAAUGAGACUUGCGAUUUCUGUGUACGAGCUAAAAAGACUCGGUUGCCUUUUCCUAAGAGUUCUAUAAAGACUAGUCGAUGUUUUGAGCUAAUUCAUGUGGAUAUCUGGGGUGGUUUCAAGGUCUCCACACAGAAUGUUGCUCGUUAUUUUCUCACAGUCGUUGAUGAUUUCAGUAGAGCCACCUGGAUUUAUUUGAUGAAUUAUAAGUCCGAAGUUGAGAGUUAUUUGAAAAUGUUCAUAAACAUGGCUGCAACACAGUUUGGGCAGCAGGUUGCUCGCAUUCGAGCAGACAACGGAAUGGAAUUUGAAACGACCAGUUUGCGUAGUUUCUAUGAUGAUCAUGGCAUUAUCUUGCAGACAUCAUGUAUCGACACACCUCAACAAAAUGGUGUUGUCGAGCGUAAGCAUCGUCAUUUACUGGAAACAGCUCGAGCUUUGCGGUUUCGAGCCAAUCUUCCACUACAGUUCUGGGGUGAGUGCGUACUUACUGCUACAUAUCUUAUCAAUCGUCUUCCUACUAAGGUACUUCAAAAUCGUACUCCCUAUGAAGUGUUACUUGGUCGGCAGCCUCCAUACGAUCAUCUUCGUGUCUUCGGAUGUUUGGCUUACGGGAAGGACACUCAUAAAGGUCUAUCCAAGUUCGGUGAACGGGGGAGGCGCUCUGUUUUCGUUGGGUACCCUGCGUCACAAAAGGGAUACCGUUUAUUUGAUCUUAUGACCCGUACAUUCUACACGUCACGGGAUGUGCAUUUUGUGGAGGGGAGUUUCCCCUACCAUACACCAGCAUCAUCAUUCCCAUCUCCCAUGCUUUCCGCUUCCGCACCAGUGGUUGAUGAUGAGUUGGUGGCCAAUAAUGAAGAUCAUGGGCCAAGUAUUGAGGCUACUGUCCAGCAGCCACCUGCUGCCUCCCCUGCCGACUUAAACAAGUCUGCUUCCCCAUCACUUGGCGAGUGUCCUUCACCCGUCGCUCCCGUCGAGCAGCCUGUGCAUGAAGUUCGUCGAAGUCUCCGAUCGCGACAAGUUCCUCGUCGCCUAGACAGCUAUGACGUUGAACUGCCGCCAUCCAACGUUCCCUAUCCGAUGUCCAACUUUGUAAGUUACACAGGUUUCUCCCCCCGACAUCGUAGUUUCUUGGCUGCGGUCUCCAGUCAGUCUGAACCCUCGAGCUAUCGGGAAGCUGUUCGUUAUGAAGCAUGGCGGGUUGCCAUGCAACGUGAAAUUGAUGCCUUGGUUGGCAACGGUACCUGGACUCUUGUCAGUUUACCUCCUGGUAAGCGUGUAGUCGCUUCCAAAUGGGUAUAUAAAAUUAAGUACACACCGGAUGGGAAUAUCGAGCGCUAUAAGGCUCGCUUGGUGGCGAAGGGGUUUACUCAGACCGAAGGGAUCGACUACCAGGAUACGUUCGCACCAGUGGCUAAGUUAGUUAGUGUUCGCUGUUUACUUGCUGUUGCUGCUGUUCGUGGCUGGGCUGUCCACCAGUUAGACGUGGAUAAUGCAUUUUUGCAUGGGGAUCUUCAGGAGGAGGUUUAUAUGCAGAUACCUCCCGGUUUUGCAGCUCCUGGUGACACGCGAGUAUGUCGACUUCAUAAAUCCAUCUAUGGUCUGAAGCAGGCAUCGCGAAAUUGGUAUGCAAAGUUCACCACUACCCUUACUGGUCUUGGUUUUCAGCGUUCUAAUGCUGAUUACUCCCUUUUUGUUCGUCGGAGUCACGGUACCUAUGUUGUGGCUCUAAUUUACGUCGAUGAUGUGAUCCUAGCGGGUGAUGAUUCAGUUUUCAUUCAGCAAGUUAAAGACACUUUACAUCGGCAGUUCGGCAUCAAGAACUUGGGUCCUCUCAAGUAUUUCUUGGGAAUCGAGGUUGCUCGGUCUCGUGCAGGCAUUGCCCUCAGUCAGCGUAAAUAUACGUUGGAUCUCCUCCGUGACAGUGGUUUCUCCGGCAGUCGCCCUAGUGUUUUUCCCAUUGAGCAACAUCAUUCCCUUACUCGCUCUGAUGAGAGUUCAGUUCGUGUCUCAGCCGAGGAAGCUGCAGCUUAUCGUCGUUUGGUUGGGCGCCUCCAGUAUCUCACGGUCACGCGCCCUGAUAUUGUAUAUGCUGUUAAUAUCCUCAGCCGUUAUGUGCAUGCUCCUACUGUAGCUCACGUUGCUGGUGCCGAAAGAGUUCUUUGUUACCUCAAACGUGCUCCUGGACAGGGCAUUCUCUUUCCCUCGAGUAGUUCACUUCAGUUCACAGCUUAUUGCGACGCAGACUGGGGUGGUUGUCAAUCCACUCGCCGUUCUACGUCUGGUUUCUUUGUUACUCUUGGUGGCGCUCCUGUCUCCUGGCGUACCAAGAAGCAAUCUGUAGUUGCUCGGUCAUCAGCUGAAGCCGAGUACCGUGCUAUGGUAAGCACUGUCAGUGAAGUCAUUUGGCUUCGUGCUCUUCUUGGUGUUCGUCUCACGUCUCCCACAGUUCUUUAUUGUGACAACCAGGCGACGCUUCAUAUAGCCGCUAACCCGGUUUUCCAUGAGCGCACCAAGCACGUUGAGAUGGACUGUUAUUUUGUUCGGGAUCAUGUUGCUUCCCAUGAGAUUAUGCCUCGGAAGAUCUCUUCCCAGGCACAGCUUGCCGAUCUGUUCACCAAUGGCCUUGCUGGUGAUCGUUUUCAUGAGCUUCUCUCCAAGCUGGGCAUUUGUAACCUGCAUGCCUCAGUUUGUGGGGGAGUGUAAGGAAUGUUGAGUACGUAGUCGUGUUGGCCGAAGGACAUAUGUGUCUUUUCAUUGUCUUCGGCUGAAGCUUAAGCAUAACCCUAGGGGAUUAGUCGAAUAGGGUUAUAUAUAUAUGUAUCUUGUAAUCGGCUGCGUACUAUGAAUACAAGCUGAGAAAGCAUAACUUCUCCGUGGACGUAAGCUCAUUCACAUCGAAUGGGAAGAACCACGUAAACCUGUGUCUCGUGUUCGUUUUACUUUACGUUAUAGGAUUAUUUCACCUUUUUCUUCCCAUUUCACAUCUGACUAUUCCUUUCCGCCCAAAUGAACCAAAGCGCCACCAAGAAACCCCCAAUUCGCUCCUGAGAUUUUGUCUCCUGCAGCAGGCACAUCCAAUUCUCACAAGUAAGAUCCUCACCUUUUAGAAAUAGUGUAACACCCCGACUUUGGGUUCAGGUUCGACCAAAAUACAAUAACGGUUGGGUUAACAGUUACGUACGAAGGGUUGCAACCGUGAAUUAGUAAUAAUAAUAUAAUAAAUUAUUAUUGUACAUAUAUAUAUAUAUAUAUAAUUGUACAGGGAGGGCCCACUCCCCAUCUCUCCAAACCCCAUCUAAUUCCCCAACUCACCACGUCACACCCUUCCCAACAAAGGACCCCUCCCUCUCCCUAACCAUCCGCCCAAACAGCGAAAACCCACCUGUGGCUGUUUAGCUUUACCCCACCCUCUAAUCAUGGUAUUCCACAUGUCAUUAUUAGGGUUCUCAAUCCUUGCAAACAGAGCAGCUGCAUGACAGAGUACAAACACAGUAUAAAGAUGGUCCCGACUCCCGAGCCUAUAUAAUAGGGUACUCUAGUUCGCCUUUAAGGGUACUCUAGUAUUUUAUUAGGUUUAAUCGAUUAUGGUUUAGGGUGGGAGUCUAUAUGAUGUUCUUUUGCCGUUCAAUUGAUAUAUCAAAGAAAAAUUUAUAAAACUAUCAUUAGAAUUAUCCCUCUUCUUUCAAAUAGCUCCAAAGAAUCUUAAUUCCCAAUUCCGAAUCAUCCAACUCUGUCCAAUUCUCCUCCCAAGCACAGUAAUUUCUCUUCCAUAUAGUUUAUAUUGUAGUGAGUUGCGAAUCAGAAUCCAUUUGCUGUGUUGUCAUUGUAAUCUUAAUCCAAUUACAGAUUAGCUCUUUACAUGGUAGAUUUUGGUUGCGUAACGCUUUGGGCUUUGGCCCAGUAUUACUAACGUCGUUCUAGUCCACUUAUCAUAGAAAGGGGAUGGGAUGGAGGCAGUGGCGGACCCAGAAAUUUUAUCAAGGGUAUUCAAGAAUGAAUCAAAAUCUCUAAGGAUUGUCAAAUAAUUUCAAAUCCAUAUACUACCAUCAUUGAAAUCAAAUUUUACACUAGUAAUAUAUCCAAAUUUUGCACUUAAGGUUUGUCAAUUGACAAACCACUCUUGCAAGUGGGUCCGCCACUGGAUGGAGGCAACGAGGGGCGGGCAGGGGAACGGAUGAUGAAAUGGAAAUUCGGAGACUUAAUUUAUUAAACCAAUACUUCAAUUUCAAUACAGUGGGAAUAAAUCAUUUCCCUCAACCAAAAUAUUUUCUGAUUGGGAUUAGGUGAUUGAGAUGGCAUGUUAUGAGCGGUUAAUUUUUUUGACGGAAGUAGAUGAAAGUACCAUUUUGGCAUCUUGACGUAUUUAUAUGACCAGUAGUUAGUCACCUUGCAAAUUUAGUGACCAUUUUGUUAUCAGGCUAGACUUGUGUGACCAUGUCAAUCAAUUCCUUGUACUCGUUCUCGCUACUUGGUUUGUACGUAUCAUAAAACCGCCUUUUCUUUUUUGCCCACAUAUUCGUUAAUGGACUUCGUUCUUAGGAGAUCGGCCCAUAAAAGAAUUUGUCCAUUAGCUUGGCCCAUCAUAUAUAUAUAGAGGAAACGUUUCGAACACUACUUUAGAAAAUCGCAAUUACAAUCAAUCGUUACCAAAUCAAUCCACAUUUGAACU